AUGAUAUUUCUUUUACAUGUGUCGACGGUAUUAUUAACUAUAGUCAAUGCAUUAUCAAGUGAAAUAUAUGGCGAUGGCGAUAGUGAAACCAUCAUUCAAUUAUCAAACGAUGCAAUUUAUGUUGUUAAAUCAUCUGCUCAAACGUUUUCUUUGAACAGAGACGAUUCAAAUAACGAUAAUAAUGAUCUAACUGCGUUAUUACUAUCAUUAUAUAAAGAAAAUUACCAUCUUAAUGACAUCGAUGAAGCUGUCAUAAGCAAUAUUGAAGAAGACAUAGAAGAAACAAACCAAACUCCCAUAACAUCGACCAUCGCUUACCCUGAUUUAUCUGUAUUCAGUAAUUCAAUAAAAGAAAUCUUAACAACUUCGAUAUCAUCCUUAGUCCAAUUUAUUCCUGCUAUUCUUGAUUUUGAUGUUCAAUCAAUUGGUGUUCCCCGUGUUCAUAGUGUUAUUGUUAUUAAUAACAGUCCUGAUACAUUAAAUUUAGAAUCAAUAUCUGGCACAACUGUCCAAUUUUAUUGUUCAUUUUUUACCCAAAAAUCAGUUCCAUCCAAUUCAAAUACGUCUUUCAAUAUUUACUUUUUACCUCGAUCCUUAGGCAAAGCUCAUAGUACAUUGGUUAUCAAUAGUAAUCAAGGAAUAUUUCAUUAUUCGGUGUUGGGUACUGGUUUGCCAAAUCCAUUUCGUUUACGUCCCUAUGUGGGUGUCCAUAUUCCAUUGAAUACAAGUUAUCAACAAUUUGUUCGUCUUCAUAAUCCGUAUAAUCGUACACUAGAAAUUACCGAAGUUUAUACAAGUGAUGAUGAUCUUGUCAUUGUACCACCUGCUAUCGAUAAUAUUCAUUUGUUAAAAUCAUCAUCAUCAACAACAACAACAAUAAUAAAUAAUAAUUUUUUAUUUGCUUCCACUUCUGAUGACACACUUCCAAAUGGUUCUCCUAUUCAUCAUUUUCAUUUUCAUAAAGAUUAUUGGACUUUAAAACCAUAUGAAACAAAAAUUAUAAUGAAAUUAAAUUUUUUAGCACGAACAAUUAAUAAACACUCAGCAUUUUUAUGUAUUAAAACAAAUUUAAAUGAUACAAUUAUACUUCCAAUUGAAAUGGAAGUAUCAAAUCAACCAGGUUUAUAUACAAAUAUUGAUUUAAUUGAAUUUGGAAAUGGAGUAAUUAGAUCAAAUGAAGAGCCAAUUACAAUUCAAUUGUAUGUGAUAAAUAAUGGACCAAAAUUACUCACAAUCUCUGAUGUUCGUUUGAAUCAUCCCACAGAUGCAAUAACAAUUCGUUUUGAACACGUUUAUUUACCAGUUGAUAUCUAUCGUUUAAAUAAAAUAGCUGAAAUAACAUUGGAUCCAUCUAAAAUUCCAACAGAUAUCGAACAACUAUCUGGCCUCAUACAAAUUCGUACAAGAUCAUCAAAUCACUAUGAAUUACAAAUACCUUAUCGUAUAACUAUUUAUCAUGGAUCAUUAGAUUAUGAAAAAGAGAAAACAUUUUUCUUCAUUUCAUCAUCUCUAUCACCAACAUCGAUGACAUCAAAUGACUGUGAUAAAUCAUCAAAAUUGUGUGAAAAAGAUCUCGAACAAUGUCGUCAUAUUUCUGUUAUCAAUCGAUUUAGUUAUCCAUUAGUUAUUCACAAUGUUACAUUUGGAGAGGAAACGAUUCACAACUACAUUAAUCUCAAUUAUUCUUCGGAGCCAAUUUAUUUAUCGCCUGGUGAAGAAAAAAUACCAUUUUGUUUAAAAUUACAACGAACAUCAACAUUGGAUAAAUUUGUCAAUAUUGAAGAUUCGAUUGUUAUUCAUACGAAUUUAUCGUUUUUUCAUUUACCCAUUUAUUUAUACAAUGCACAAUUAACAUUUAAUUUGUUUGAUGGAGGUAUGGCUAGUUAUGGAACAAUAUUGUUAAAUUUAAAUAAUAUUUUGCUAUCGAGUAUCUACGUGAAUACAAUGAAAGAAGUAAAAAUUGUAGUCUCAAAUUCAAAUCCAAUUGAAAUAUCAAUAGAGAAAAUAUUUUCAACUUACUCGCCAAAUUCAUCGAUUCAAUUAUUGUAUAUGAAACAUUUAUCUAGUAAUAAACGAGUUAUAUUCAAUAAAUCUUACACCAAUUUAGAUAUUGCCAAACUUGUGAUACCUGCUCAACACCAAGCCAUAUUUUCCAUCUUCAUCAAUGGAACUAAUAUACCCAAAGCAUAUAUUGAAUCGAUCAAAUUUGAAACACCAUACCAGGUAGAACGCUUUUUUGUCUGAUAACUGCUAGCUAUUAUAGCCGCCAAAAUAUAAGGCACACCGUUGUUUUUUGAAUAACUCGAGAAUGAAAAGUGAUAAAGACUUACGAUUUUCGUCAUUCGAUAGCCAAGGCUUUGGAGCAUCCGUAAGCAGAAAGUUUUUUGAAAUUGUAUCUCAAAAACCGGUUGUCUGACGAAUCAUCAGAAAACCAUUUCAUAACCCAAAAACUUAACAUAGCAAUAUAUUAUUUAUUCAUCAUGGAUAGAUAGUCCAAAGUGUCCUCUUCGAAACCGGAACUAAGCAAACUCUUAGUUUUUCGUAGCAUUGGACUUCCUGGGAGCCACAGGAUUGAUACUUCUUACCUACAUUAGAUGAAAUAACCCAUUUUUGCCUAUUUUUGCGCAAAAUUAGAAAACUCAUAAUGCAGUCGAGAUCAAUCCAAACUAUGUCAGAAUAUCAAGAUAUACUCUAUCUGAUCUACUUGAUAUGCCUUUUUGACUUAAAAUUAGUGAAAAAUGUUCUUUUAUUUCGAAAGAUAUCUAGAAAACCUUUUCAAAAAUCAUAAUAUUUUCUGUUACUUUUUAUAACCUUUGUUGCGCUGCAUAAUACAGUGUAGAUCAAAUAGAAUAUAUCUUGAUAUUCUGACAUAGUCUGGAUUGAUCUCGACUGCAUUAUGAGUUUUCUAAUUUUAUGCGAAAAUAGGCCAAAAUGGGUUAUUUCAUCUAAUAUAGGUUUACACUAGCUUUUUGAACUAUUUUCAAAAACGAACAUUGCCACGAGACUCUCGGUGUCCGAUAACCGAUGUUUCUAUUGGUUUUUGGGAUUACCCCAUCUAAAGAAGUAUCGAUCCUGUGGCUCCUAGAAAGUCCAAUGCUACGAAAAACUAAGAGUUUGCUUAGUUCCGGUUUUGAAGAGGACACUUUGGACUAUCUAUCCAUGAUGAAUAAAUAAUAUAUUGCUAUGUUAAGUUUU